AUGAGGUACUAUCUGCGUUGUCUAUUGCUGCUACUGUUAGGAGUGUUGGCGUCUAACGCUAAGACACAUUCAAAGCCUGCCAGCUCGUUGACAAACUCCUUGAGGCUACUGCAAGAAGCACCACCUCAGUGUAAGGAACACAUCCAGCAGCUUCUGCGAUGGUACAGUUCACUAUCCAAUGGUGAGGACGUCUCCCGGAUUGUACACCUCAAUGAUACCACGGCCUGCCAACAGUGUUUCAGCGGCAAGCAAAGUAACCCCAUUUCAAACCAGAAUGCCUGCAUGGAAUGUCAUCGACCUUAUGCCGGCAAGCUGAAACAGUCGUCAAACUGCCGCAAAUGUUUCAAUGUACUGAAACCGAACCACGACGCCUGCCGUCUCUGCUUCCUGGAUGUGAAGCAUAAAGUGAAGACAUCGACGUCUGGUACGAAAAACAAAAUCAAGACAGCGAUGGAUAAAAUGCGUCUGAAAUUCCGCAAGUGGUUCUAA